AUGCCACCUAAGAACCUCGUCUUGAAGAUCGAUCGCAGCAUCCAUCUGAAAAUUCUCCAUGAGGACGAUCAGGUGCUUGCAGUGGCGAAGCCAUUUGGUGUAUUAGCCCACCCCUCACCGGGCUUUUGGGAGAAAGGCACCAUCGCGCAUGCUGUGGUGGACAGAAUGCCUGCAGAAAUGUUAGAAGAGAGGGGCAACCAUAAUGAAUGGGACAGCUUCAUCCCUCGCUGCAUCGUGCACCGCCUGGAUGCUGGUACGACAGGUGUGAUGAUCAUGGCGAAAAGUAUCAGAUCAGAGUCUCAUCUGGCACAACAGUUCAGAGCUGCCGACUUCAUGUACCAUGCACCCCUAGGGAAGAAGGUCUAUGUGUCUCUGCUGCUGGGCGAUCCAGGUGGGGCUCCACAAAGGAGGGAUAUAACAGUGAUGCAGAGCAUCGGCCGACACCCGAAGAACGGCCGGCUCUGGGCGGUUGUUCCAGAUGGCAAGCAAGCUAAGACGGUCAUCCGCGUGCAUGCCUUCAGCAAGAAGUACUCGCUUAGUCUUGUAACAGCUGAACUUUUCACAGGUCGAACUCAUCAGAUACGGGUGCACUGCUCCCAUUUGGAGGCGCCCGUUGCAAAUGACAAUCUCUAUGCACCAGCAAGCAAGAACAAGGCCUUUCAGCAGUCGUUGGAGUUAACGCUGCCCAGAGGGCGGCAGUUGCUGCAUGCAUGGGCGCUUGAUCUGGAUCACCCAACACGGGAACGUGGCACCUUGCGCCUUCGAGCACCACUUCCGGAGGACAUGGCCUCAAUUGUGAAGAAAGUUUGGCCGAGCCUGGCAUUGGACCCUGCAUCUUGGCCUGGGAUGCCGGCGAGAUUGCAGUCGGAUGCUGCGCCGACCGGAUGUGCUUCUCCACAGAUCGUUCAAUCUGAGCCUCAGCUGACGCCACUUCAGAUGCGCUGGCUGGAGUGGUGGGAGUCGUCGGAGGAGGGCCAGAGAUGGACCCGUGAACGGGACCUCUGGGAAGAACAGCAGCCGAAGCGACCGAAAAGCCACUCUCGGCGGUUGCAGUCUUCCGCCUUGACCGAGGGCAGGGACGACCAAAGAUUGCCUUCUGCUUAG